CUUCACCGUUCAGUCGACAAUAAUCUCCACGGACCGAUAAAAGUAACUGAAAAGGUCCGGUAGAGGUAUUGUCUAGGUAAUUAAAUUUAAUUUAAGGUUGCUAAACUUAUAGGGAUGGUGGAAAAUCAUAAAGAAGACGGUAGUGGUGAAGUGGUGGCUGACAUUCCAUUAGAAGACUUGUCGCUAACCAAAAAUGACACCAAACGUCCAAGUACCGAUUCAUCUGUCAGCUCUAAAGAUGCCGAAAUAGCUGUUACACCCGGAAUGCAAAAAUACCAGCCAAUAUCGAAUUUCGAGACAAUGGCUCAUUUACUGAAGGGAAAUAUCGGUACUGGAAUUUUCGCUAUGCCUUCGGCUUUCCGUAAUUCGGGACUUUGGGUUGGAUCUGUUUUGCUUCCUGUUAUGGCUAUUAUUUGCACCCAUUGUAUGCAAAUGCUGGUAAAAUCAGCAGCCAUUAUGAAAAGGCGAGAAGGCGAUUUUUCUAUUUCUUAUGCCGACGUUGCAGAAACUGCUUGUCGCACGGGACCACCUCAAUAUGCAAAAUACGGUCGGGCUUUUAGGAUUAUCAUCAACGUGUUCAUUUGCGUUACACAAUUUGGAUUCUGCUGCGUUUACUUGGUCUUUACGAGCACGAAUUUACAACAGGUUGUUGAAUACUAUGCCGAGUUAGGCUGGGAUGUGCGGAUUUACAUGUGUUUUCUAACGAUCCCCCUCAUUUUCCUUAACUGGAUUCGCAACCUGAAACUGUUGGCACCCGUAUCUUUAAUUGCCAAUGUUUUGCAAAUGGCAAGCAUCGUCGUCGUCUUUUAUUACAUUUUCCGAGAUCCACUGCCACCAGUCAACUCUGUCCCGGCUUUCGGUAGCUGGGGAGGCCUACCCUUGUUCUUCGGUACGACCGUUUUCACAUUCGAAGGGAUCGCAUUGGUUUUACCGUUGCAAAAGGACAUGCGUCGUCCAUGGGAUUUCAAAGGAUGGACUGGAAUUCUCAAUACUGGAAUGGUGAUUGUUACUUGCAUUUACAUUGCAAUGGGCUUUUACGGUUAUUUGGCUUACGGAGAAGAUAUUUUGGGAAGUAUUACGCUUAAUUUGCCACAGGAUGAAGUUUUGGCCCAAGUGGUGAAAAUACUUUUGGUUAUAGCCAUUUGCGGAAAUUACGCUAUGCAAUUCUAUGUUCCAAUCCCGAUCAUAUGGCCAACAUUGUCAAAAUAUGCAGCUAGAUAUACGAGUAAUGACCUGGCAGCUGAGCUGGCUUUCCGCACAUUCAUGGUGCUUGUUACUUUGGUUCUGGCCGCCGCUAUUCCCAAAAUUGACUUGUUCAUUUCCCUUGUUGGAGCGUUCGGGAGUUCAUUUUUGGCUCUGAUUUUCCCGCCACUACUCGAGUACGUCACGCACGCGCCUAACAUUAGCAAAAUAACCAUCACAAAAGAAGUUUUAAUUCUCGUUUUCGGAGUUAUCGGCUUUGGUACUGGAACCUAUGCUGCAAUUUUAGCUAUCGUGCAAGAAUUUAGCGGCUCGGACUAGUAACGCAUAACGAAUAGCUGGAAAAAAUCGUUCGCUUCCGAUACGUUUUGA